CGAGCCCGCCCGCCCUGUCCCCCGCCCCAGCCAUCGCUGCAGGGAGGGAGGGCCGUGCCGGACCGGGCGAGCCGCGGUGGCAGCGGCGAGGGGCGGCCACUCCGGCGAGAGGCAGAACGGCCGCGCCCGCCUGCGCUCUUUGCCGCCCGGAGGCUCCAUGGCCGGGGCCGUGCCCUUGCUGCUGCUAUUGCUGCUGCCGCUGCCGCUGUUGCUGCCGCUGCACGCCGGCGCCGCUCCGGCUGCGGGCGAGCCAUCGUGCCACGGAGCCUUCGAUUUGUACUUUGUGUUGGACAAGUCUGGGAGCGUGGCGACGAACUGGCAAGAGAUAUUUAAUUUUGUAAAUCAGCUGACAGAAAGAUUUGUGAGCCCCAAGAUGAGAUUGUCGUUUAUCGUGUUUUCCACCCAGGCACAUGUCAUUAUGCCGCUAACUGGAGACAGAGAGAAAAUCAAGAAAGGUUUAAAGGAUCUGGAGGAGGUGAUACCAGCAGGUGAGACAUACAUACAUGAAGGACUAAAACAGGCCAAUGUGCAAAUUGCAAAGCAAGGAGCCUCACGGUUCUCUAGUAUCAUCAUUGCACUGACUGAUGGCAAGCUGGAUGGUCAGAUUCCCUUGUAUGCAGAGAAAGAGGCAAGGAAAUCCAGAGAGCUGGGAGCAAGAGUUUACUGUGUUGGUGUCCAGGAUUUUGAACAAGAACAGCUUGAAAGAAUUGCUGACGUGAAAGAGCAAGUUUUCCCUGUCACUGGAGGAUUCCAAGCACUUAAGGGGAUAAUCAAUUCUGUUUUGAAACAAUCGUGCACUGAGAUUUUGUAUUUGGAGCCAUCCAGUGUCUGUGUAGGAGAGGAGUUUCAAGUUGUUCUCAGAGGAAGCGGGUUAACCCUUGGUGGGAGAACUGACAGCGUGACUUGUACCUAUCAAUUGAACGGAACGACAAUCUAUGAAAGGCCUAAAACAGUAGAAUCUGACUUUCUGCUCUGUCCUGCACCAAUCCUGUACAAAAGUGGCCAAACCCUGGAGGUUUUGGUGAGUUUGAAUGAAGGCCAGUCUUUCAUGUCCAGCUCGUUAAUCAUCACUGCUUCAGAGUGUUCCAGUGGUGUGGCAGCGCUCAUUGCCGUCCUUGUGCUGUUGCUGCUGGUGGCACUUGGCCUGCUCUGGUGGUUCUGGCCCCUCUGCUGCAAAGUGGUCAUCAAGGAUCCCCCUCCACCUCCGCCAGCCCCAAAAGAGGAAGAAGAACAGGAGCCCUUGCCUUCCAAGAAGUGGCCCACGGUGGAUGCUUCCUACUAUGGUGGACGAGGAGUUGGGGGAAUUAAGAGGAUGGAGGUGCGUUGGGGUGACAAAGGCUCCACAGAAGAAGGGGCCAGGUUGGAAAAAGCAAAGAAUGCUGUGGUGAAACUCCCAGAAGAACCAGAAGAACCUUUUCACCCUAAACCACCUAAACAAAAGCCUACCUCACCAGCCAUGCAGCAGAAGUGGUACACGCCAAUCAAGGGCCGGCUGGAUGCGCUGUGGGCGCUGCUGCGGCGCCAGUAUGACAGAGUCUCACUGAUGCGGCCUCAGCAAGGAGACCAGGGCCGCUGUAUCAAUUUCACUCGAGUUCCCUCUCAGUAGAGGAGAAGAAGCAGAUACCAGGAGGAGAGACAGCCACAUUGCCACUGUCCUACCCAGCUGAGAGAACCUAGCCCUUCCUUGCAUGCCUUGGACCAUCUUUGUGCCUGAGCUCUGCAGGUUCCCACAUCCCUGCUCCGGGAGCCUGCAUUCCAACUGCGCACUGGUGCUCUGCCCAUGCCCCGGAGAGCAGUGCCAUGUAUGCCUCGCUCUGUGCAACACCGAAGGGACAGCACAGACACCAAAGAUGAGAAUGCUUUUCUAUUUUUAUUAUUUGCUGUUUUUUAAGGACUACAGAUUCUCAGGAUGCAAUGUGCUUUUAGUGGCGACGCAGCAUUCCUCCGCUACAGUGGAGGCACGUGGUAUUUACACAGGGACUACGCGCCACGGGCAGAAGAUAACAAUUCCCACCAGGCUAAGCAGGCGCAGAGCCGAGUGCCUCAGAGCCAUGUCAGAUCCCCAACCCUUGCCAGCUCCCUCCAUCGUGCCUUACGGGAACCUUCUGACUGGAAAUCUUGUCACUCUAACACUGAAAAGUGCACACGCAUGACAAAAUGUAGACAAGGAUGCCUCGAGGUAUCAGUAGCGAGCAAGACUUUGCCCUUUAGUUUUUGAAGACACCUUUCUUUCAUUAUGCACCCAGGACAGGAAGGAAUUACUAGAGCGUUAUUCCAUGGGAAGACAGCCUGUAAGCAGAGAUCUCAAGCCGAGUUGGAGGGACUGAUGCUUCAAGACCUUGACACUGUGGCUGGUGGUUUUUUCCCCUUCCCUGCAUUCACAGUUCAGUAGCGCAUAAAACAUCAUCAUCUAUAAACAUACCUAGCAGUCGUAGGCUUGUGUGUUUCUUUUUUAGAUUAAAAAAAGCAGUAGCCACAAAGCUGGUAUCUCAGGGUUUUUUCCCCCCGCAAAUCUCCAAGGGCUCUUCAGCGUCACAAGCCAGCAACUCUCUUUGCAUGAGAAUUUCAAAGUUUAAUUAAUAUAAUUAAAGGCAACAGCAAGCAGCAGCCUGUGAAGAUUUUGCUCAUCUUUUUUAUGCCUUUUGACAUUGAAUGACCUAUUACUGUAUGUGCGUUCCUCAGUGGCGGAGGGGGCGCCGAGUGUUGGGUAUGAUUCCGCAGUGGGAAAGACCUCUUUCCAUCAAUUCAGAAAUUAAAUUUAUGGAAGUGCCGGCCAUCACCAAACAUCGACAAUGUAUGUAUUAGAAUUUUUCAGAAAAACCAGUGUCGUGUCACGUCGACGAUGCCAAAUUAUGUUAGCGUGAGCGGAAACACUGUGGGGGAGGAAGGAGGGAGCAGCUGAAGAAAAAGGCUCAAAUGAUCCAGUCACUUUCGAUACUGUACUUCAGAGGCAGAAUGGAUAUUCGAGUCGAAACCUGACAAAGCGCGCCCGCUUUGAUGGGAACUGGUAUAGACAAUGACCAGUGGCUGGGUCAGUGGGAUGUCUCUCUGCGAGCAGGGAGGCUUAUCAAAUGACACUAAAAAUAAGUUCAACAACCAUCACGUUGGAGGGGAAAAGGCGAACAUUUCACAUUUGGUGGGCAUGAAUGUGUGCAAGAUGGAAAGAGCAAUGCGGAGCAUCCUGGGCUAAUUAUCUCCUUUGUGCUCUUCAUUGGAAUCGCAAGGGACAGAAGUAAUUCCCUUGGUCUAUGUCCAAAUCGGCGGCACUGCCCAAAGAUGCUUUUACAUUUAUCCACUCGCUUACAUCUUCUGCUUGAGUUUAUUUAUGUCACUGGUAGCCUCAUCAGCAACAGUCUGCACAUUAGACUAUAAAUAAAAUUAUUAUCUAAGUUUCA